AUGACGGCUGUUGAUCAUGCUUGGUCUCUGGCCCGGGAACUUUCAAUACCUUCCACCAGACCAACCUGGAUACCAGACCUCUGCGACAUGCAAUCAUGGUCGACUCCGAAGAAGUCGAUUGACGAAGCCCUCUACAGUGCUAGCGUCCUUCAAUUACCCUCUACAUCCUCCGAAGAUGACCUUGAUGAUCGACUUGCGUCGGAGGCGCAAAGUCUCGGCAUAUCACCUGUUCAAGUCACCUCGGGACUCGACAGGAUUGCUUCUUCAGUCUCGACAAUUACCAUCGCUUCCGACUCCAUCAACCCGAGCUCCAUCCAAUCCCAGUCUACCACAGCGACCUCCUGUGCCUCCAGCGAGCAUCGGCCGGCGACCCAGUCCUCACGGAUAUCUGACCACGCCCCUUCGAGUUCAGAUGUCCCCUCCCUAGCCUCGGCGAGCGAGAGAAAGAAAUAUUCCCCACUGAGAAGAGGGUUCCAAAAAAUGGCAGGUUUUCGAAAGAAAAGAUCUGGUGGUCGGUCGGCGUCUUCGACCCUUACAAGUAUCAGCAGUGAUGCCGAAACCAAUGACAGUGAAGAAAUCUCUGUGGAUAUGCAGAGUCCGUUGUCGGUCAAAUCGAGCAAGAGCUCCUGGUCACAACCACUAUCCGUGGCAAAGUCCAGCUGCGAAUCACAACCGUUUGUGGAUAUGGAGGCGCUCCAGAGAAGUAUGGAGUGUAAAGAAUUACUCAACCUCCGAAUGGCUCAACUGGACGAGAAAGCCCGUUUUCUAGAGUUUCAGGCUGUAUUGAUGUUACAGUUAAGAUCAGAACGAGAUUUGCUCAAGGCACAAAAGAAAACAACGCAUGAGAGAGUAAUUGCUGAACAAAGAUCAAAGAUGGACCGAACUGUAGAAGACCUAGAGGCACGCCAACUUGAAGAAGAAAUGAAGAUGGAAAAGGAACACGAGCUGGAGAAGAAAGCCGUCAUGUUGCGCUUACGGCACAUGGAAGCUUAUUGUCAGAAUCCGACUCCGCCCCCGACCCCAGUGGAUCAGAACUCGAGACAUGCUUCUAUCGACUCCCCCUUCCCAGAACGCAAAGUCACGGAGAAAGACUAUCACAAUCUUGCUCAGCAAUAUCGUGAACGAGACAUCAUGGAUUCCCUGCACGCCAGCAAGGUCAAUGUUCUGCGAGGUAAACAAAAGAGGGCUGUUGAGAAUUUGAUACGGAAAAAGGAAAAAGAGAUGGAAGUCCUGGAAAGAGAACAAAACAAGGAACUCGCCGUCAUCGACCGAGACUAUGCCAGCCAGGAGACCGAUCUGAGAUUGGCCUUGGCCAGAAAAAGAGCCAGACUUGAAUGCAGAUGGAAGACCCAGGCCUUGAUCGAGCGGACAAAAAUGGAGAAAGCAACCGGCUUGAAAUAUGCCUCACUGCCUGACGUUGUCACCAUCGAAGGUGCCAAUGGCUCUUCGAGUACAAGAUGA